CGAAACUUCCCGGAACCUUCUCCUUCUCAACCCUACAAAUCUCACCACAUUACUGCAUUUUGAGCACAGUCGUACAAGUGUGUGUUACUGUGUGUAAAAUCGAUGUCGAUGAGUUCCUCGGUGAAUUACGACUUGGAGAACGGAGAGAUUGUGAAAUCAAGUCCGGUUGCCAAGUCCUUGUUACGAACGAGAUCUCAGACCGAUGUUCUAUCGAGUGUUCGGUUUCGGAUUUUGAGGAAUUUUCUCGCGAAUGUUCGAAUAGUCAUUUUAGGAACCAAACUCUUCUUGCUCUUUCCUGCCAUCCCGAUGGCGUUUGUAGCUCAUUAUUACAGUUUCCGUCGACCAUGGGUGUUUGCGUUGAGUUUGAUUGGGCUAACUCCACUUGCAGAACGUCUGAGUUUUCUAACAGAGCAAAUUGCGUACUUCACAGGCCCUACAGUUGGAGGACUCGUGAACGCAACAUGUGGGAAUGCAACCGAGUUAAUAAUAGCAAUGUUUGCGCUACAUCAAAGGAAAAUUCAUGUCCUAAAAUACUCUCUUUUGGGCUCCAUCAUCUCAAACCUCCUCCUUGUUCUUGGAUCCUCUCUCUUAUGUGGUGGCAUAGCCAAUCUCAAUAAAGAACAAAAAUUUGACCAUAAGCAGGCAGACGCGAACUCGUUGCUACUUUUGCUCGGAUUACUUUGCCAAAUCUUGCCAUUGCUCUUCAAUUUCCAUAACAUGAAUGUGCCCAAAUUACAAGACAUUGCGGUUCUUAAUUUGUCAAGGGCAAGUAGCAUUGUGAUGUUGAUUGCUUACAUGGCAUAUCUCAUAUUCCAAUUGAAAACCCACACCCAACUUUUUGAAUCACAAGAGGAAGAAGGUGUCGAUAUUAAUGAAGAUCUUGAUAAGGAGACUGCAUUGAUAGGUUUUUGGAGUGCAUUCAUAUGGUUAUGCGCCAUGACAAUAACCAUAUCAAUCUUGUCCGAGUACAUUGUGGGAACAAUUGAGGCUGCAUCGGAGACUUGGGGAAUUUCCGUAAGCUUUAUAAGCAUAAUUUUGCUACCAAUUGUCGGUAAUGCAGCAGAGCAUGCGGGAUCUAUUAUAUUUGCCUUCAAAAACAAAUUGGACAUAUCUUUGGGUGUUGCUAUGGGUUCCGCAACUCAAAUCUCCAUGUUUGUGGUUCCUUUAUGUGUGAUCAUUGCUUGGAUAAUGGGGAUACCAAUGAGUCUUGAUUUUGGAUUACUUGAAACCGGUUGCCUUGCCUUCUCAAUUCUCCUUACAGCCUUAGCUUUACAGGAUGGAAGUUCACACUACUUGAAAGGAGUGACCCUUACUCUUGCCUAUAUAGUGAUUGGGGCAUGCUUCUUUGUGCAACAUGUUCCCUUUGAUGAAUCAAAUAACAACAACUUGGCACCGGUUGGAAAUGCUGUAAUUUGACCGGUUACCUCUAAAUUAUCUGAAUCCGGUUUUGGUUCCUCGUGAUCCGAACAGGUGAUGUAUCAAUAUCAAGUAAUUAAAUGUUGGGCUGGGCCUUAGAGAAUUGACAAAAUGAAAUACCCAACUUUUAGGCUCAUUUUUGGUGUUUUAUUUAUGUAUUUUCUUUAUUUCAUGGGUUUACAAUUGUAAAUGGUAGUCUCUUUUUCGUAG